AGAGAUUUCAUUUUAAACAUGUCGUAUACUGAAAGUUACAUAAAAAAGAAAUUAAUCGAAGGAUUAAACGCUUCACACGUGGUAUGUAUUUUGUAGCUAGACGUUAUUUCUGAAAUGUAUUUAUCAAUCAAGAGCAUGUUUGCGAUACACGCAAUGCAAGAAAACACGCAGUUCGUGUUAAUCUCGUUAUUUGCUCUCCUUUUGAGAUGGUGUGUUACAUAUCAUCCCUACAGUGGCGAAGGAAAGCCUCCAAUGUUUGGAGACUACGAAGCUCAACGGCACUGGCAAGAAAUAACGUUAAAUGUUCCGAUUGAAAAAUGGUACAUAAAUACAACAGACAACGAUUUACAAUAUUGGGGAUUAGACUAUCCACCAUUAUCAGCUUAUCAUAGUUUUGCACUUGGCUAUAUUGCCAAUAAAAUUAACUCUUCUUACAUAAAGUUACAUGAAUCCAAAGGCUUCUCGUCCGAAAGUCAUAAAUAUUUCAUGAGAUUUAGUGUUUUCUGUAUAGAUAUUUUGAUUUAUAUACCAUCAGUAAUAUAUUUUAUAUCAACUAGUCAAGUAUCUGAGAAUUUUAAAACAGAAGAGCUAUCUGCAUUUGGUGGUCUGAAAAGAAAACAUAUUGAUUUUUUGACAAUAUUGAUCUACCCAGGUUUGAUAUUAAUAGACCAUGGACAUUUUCAAUAUAAUUCCUUUUCAUUAGGGCUGUUUGUUAGUGCUGUUACAGCUAUGUGCCAAAAUUCAUUUAUUACUGGAUCGAUCUUAUUUGUUGCAGCAUUAAACUAUAAGCAAAUGGAACUGUAUCAUGCAUUGCCAAUUUUCUUUUACAUAUUUGGAAAGUACUCACCUAUGAAAGAAAAGUUUUGGUCAUCUAAUCUAUUAAUGCUUUUCUAUGUAUCAGUUAUAGUAAUUUCUACAUUUUUUAUCAUAUGGUUACCUUUCAUUAAAAGUUGGGAAACAUUUCUAAGUGUUGUUCUUAGAUUAUUUCCAGUCUCUAGAGGUGUAUUUGAAGAUAAAGUGGCUAAUAUUUGGUGUGCAAUCAAUGUGAUUUACAAAUUACGUAAUGCUUUUGUAAAUGAGAGAUUAAUUCAGAUUUGUUUAGUGACAACUACAAUUGCAGUUUUACCAAGUUGUAUAAAUCUAUAUCUGAAUCCACAAAAGGAGAAGUUCAUUAUUUCUCUUAUUAAUUGUGCAUUAGCAUUUUUUCUGUUUUCAUUUCAAGUUCAUGAAAAAUCAAUUUUGCUUGUUGCAAUUUCAGUUUUAUUAUAUUUUCAAAGUGAUCCAUUUCCUUGUUUUUGGUUUUUAAUAAUUUCACACUUCAGUAUGCUACCUUUAUAUAUAAAAGAUGAUUUAUACAUGGUAUAUUGGGCCACGUUAAUUUUUUAUUUCUUUUUUGUUUUAUGGACAUAUUCUGAUGUGUUUAAUCACACUAAAUUAGUGAAUAAUGUUAACUCUAAAAAGAAUGCACUUAUAAUUAAUCAAAGACAAAUUAAAGCAAAGCUAAAAAAUAGCAAAAAUAAAUCACUUUUUAUAAAAUUGAAAAGAGAUCUAAUACAUUAUAAGAAUAAUAUUGUUUCAUUAACUUUUGAUUCAUUUUUCUGUAAAAUAGUUCUAUUUUAUUGUUCAAUUCUAGGAAUAAUAAUAUUUUCCUUUAUUAGUGGUUUUAUGAAACCUCCAAAAAGAUAUCCAGAUCUUUUUGCAUUAUUAAUUUCCAUCUAUUCCUGUGGACAUUUUGUAGCUUUCUAUUUAUAUUUUAAUUAUAAACAAUUUGUACAUAAAAAGGAUAUAAAAUUGAAAUAAACCA